GAGACACCUUCAGCGUGGUGGCGCGCCAGGGAGCGAUCGAGACCGUAUGGUGUCUGGUGGACGCACUCUGGAUGGACGUGCUGCCCUACCUGGUGCUGCUGGUGGUGCCCGUACUAGGCCGCAUGUCGGACCGGGAUCUACCAGUGCGCCUGCUAGCGUCGCGCACGUUCGCAUCCAUCAUUCAGCUGAUGCCGCUGGAGCCAGGAUGCCCUGGCGGCGACGCAGUGCCGUCGCCGCUCAACCAACAAAAGGUGGCAGAGCGCUGCUUCUUGGACCAGCUGAUGGACCCUUCGUGUAUCGAGGAUGUUCCGGUGCCGGCAGGGGUGCGCGCCCAGCUACGGCCCUACCAGCGCCGCGGCGUCAGCUGGCUGGCAUUCCUCAAUAAGUACCAUCUGCACGGUGUGCUCUGCGACGACAUGGGGUUGGGCAAGUCGCUGCAGUCGCUGUGUAUGAUAGUGGCCGACCAUGCUGCGCGCCGUGAGCAGUUUGAGCGUUCGGGCGCUACCGAGGACGCGCCAAGGCCGUCUCUUAUUGUUUGCCCUCCGACUCUCACUGGUCACUGGAUGUACGAGGUAGACAAGUUCGUAGAGCCAUCUGAGCUGCGACCGCUUCACUACUUCGGACUACCGGCCGAACGCAGCCGGCUACAAGUACGCUUACCCAAUCACAACUUGGUGAUAUCCUCAUACGAUAUCGUGCGUAACGAUAUCGACUUUUUCGUCAAUGUCAAGUGGAACUACUGUGUCUUGGACGAGGGCCACAUUAUCAAAAACGGAAAAACCAAGGUGGCCAAGGCGAUCAAGCAGCUGGACUCCCGUCGGCGUCUGAUCCUGACGGGCACGCCACUACAGAACUCAGUUCUGGAGCUGUGGUCAUUGUUUGACUUUUUGAUGCCCGGCUUCCUGGGCACGGAGCGCCAGUUCACGACCCGCUACAGUCGGCCGAUUCUGCUGAGCCGGGACGCCAAGGCCAACUCGCGUGAACAGGAGGCCGGUGCGCUGGCAAUGGAGGCCCUUCACCGCCAGGUGCUGCCGUUUCUGCUGCGGAGACUCAAAGAGGACGUGCUCGAGGACCUGCCGCCCAAGAUCACGCAGGACUACUACUGUGAGCUGUCGGACAUCCAGAAGCAGCUUUACGAGGAUUUUGCGCGUUCGCGGGCUCAGCGGUCACUGGUGGAGGGUUUGGAGAGUGUCGAGAACCGUCGCGGCGUUGAGCGAGCGCCACCACACGUGUUCCAGGCACUCCAGUACCUGCGCAAAGUUUGCAAUCAUCCUAAGCUGGUGCUCACCAAACAGCAUCCGAGCUACGCCCAGGUACAAAAAACGCUGUGUGAACAAGGCAGCAGUCUGGAGCAGAUCGAUCAUUCUGCCAAAUUGGUGGCGCUGAAGCAACUGCUCCUUGACCUGGGCAUUGGUGAGGAGGAUGGCAUGCCAACAGCCAGCUCCGAGGUGGUGCACCCGCAUCGCGUGCUCAUCUUCUGCCAACUGAGGUCGAUGCUAGACAUGGUGGAGCAUGAUUUGCUGCAAGGCCAUCUGUCUGGCGUCACCUACCUGCGCCUGGAUGGCUCGGUGCCGGCCGGCGAGAGGCACGCACUCGUUCACCGGUUCAACAGCGACCCGAGCAUCGACUGCCUGCUGCUGACCACUCAGGUGGGCGGCCUAGGUCUCAACCUGGUCGGAGCCGACACUGUCAUAUUUGUGGAGCACGACUGGAACCCGAUGAAGGACCUGCAAGCAAUGGAUCGCGCACAUCGGAUCGGCCAGCGCCGUGUCGUCAACGUGUACCGGCUCAUUACGCGCGGCACGCUCGAGGAGAAAAUCAUGGGUCUGCAAAAGUUCAAGCUGUUGACUGCCAACACGGUGAUCACUGCGGAGAACAGCAGCUUAUUGACCAUGGGCACCGACCAGGUGGGUCAGAUGGGGCCGGACUGGGGGAAGGGGGAGGGGGGCUCAGAUGGGGACGAACCACGUAUGUAA